UGCACCAGCGGCGGCGGCGGCGGUAAAUCCUCCCGGCCGCUCACAGCACUGUGGAGCCGCGUCCCCAGCCCGGCCUCGGACCGCGGCGCCCCUCCUGCCCCUCGCGGCUUCUCGCCCGCCACUCCCCCGCCCAGGCGAACCGGCCCUCGCGGGCCGGCCGGCCGGCCUGGCUCCCCUCCCCGGCCCCGACGGGCGGGCGGGCUGCCCUGAGGAGGCGGGGAGGGGAGGGCUGGGUCGGCCGGCGGGCAGACAACGAUGCCGAACUUCUGCGCGGCCCCCAACUGCACGCGGAAGAGCACGCAAUCGGACCUGGCCUUCUUUAGGUUCCCCCGGGAUCCGGCCAGAUGCCAGAAGUGGGUGGAGAACUGUAGGAGAGCAGACUUAGAAGAUAAAACACCUGAUCAACUAAAUAAACAUUAUCGAUUGUGUGCCAAACACUUUGAAACUUCUAUGAUCUGCAGAACUAGUCCUUACAGGACAGUUCUCCGAGAUAAUGCCAUACCAACAAUAUUCGAUCUUACCAGCCAUUUGAAUAAUCCGCAUAGUAGACACAGAAAAAGAAUAAAAGAACUGAGUGAAGAUGAAAUCAGGACACUGAAACAGAAAAAAAUUGAUGAAACUUCUGAACAGGAACCAAAACAUAAGGAAAUAAACAACAGCAAUGCUCAGAAUCCCAGUGCAGAAGAAGGGGGUGAAGAGCAGGAUGAAGACAUUUUACCUUUAACUCUUGAAGAGAAGAAAAACAAAGAAUAUUUAAAAUCUUUAUUUGAAAUUUUGAUUCUUAUGGGAAAACGAAACAUACCUCUGGAUGGACAUGAAGCUGAUGAAAUCCCAGAAGGUCUUUUUACUCCUGAUAACUUUCAAGCACUGCUAGAGUGCCGGAUCAAUUCUGGUGAAGAGGUUCUGAGAAAGCGCUUUGAGACAACAGCAGUUAACACAUUGUUCUGUUCCAAAACACAGCAGAAACAGAUGCUGGAGAUCUGUGAGAGCUGCAUUCGGGAAGAAACCCUCAGGGAAGUAAGAGAUUCUCACUUCUUUUCCAUCAUCACUGAUGAUGUGGUGGACAUAGCAGGGGAAGAGCACCUGCCUGUGUUGGUGAGGUUUGUCGACGAAGCUCACAACCUGAGAGAGGAAUUCGUAGGCUUCCUGCCUUAUGAAGCUGAUGCAGAAAUUAUGGCUGUGAAAUUUCACACUACAAUAACUGAGAAAUGGGGAUUAAACAUGGAGUACUGUCGCGGCCAGGCUUACAUUGUAUCUAGUGGAUUUUCAUCCAAAAUGAAAGUUGUUGCUUCUAGACUUUUAGAGAAAUAUCCCCAAGCUAUCUACACACUCUGCUCUUCCUGUGCCUUAAAUAUGUGGUUGGCAAAAUCAGUGCCUGUUAUGGGAGUAUCUGUUGCAUUAGGAACAAUUGAAGAAGUUUGUUCUUUCUUUCAUCGAUCACCACAACUGCUUUUAGAGCUUGAAAGUGUAAUUUCUGUCCUCUUUCAGAACAAUGAAGAAAGGGGCAAAGAACUGAAGGAAAUUUGCCAUUCUCAGUGGACAGGCAGGCAUGAUGCUUUUGAAAUCUUAGUGGACCUCCUACAAGCACUUGUUUUAUGUUUAGAUGGUAUAAAUAAUGACACAAAUGUUAGAUGGAAUAACUGUAUAGCUGGCCGAGCAUUUGUGCUCUGUAGUGCAGUAACAGAUUUUGAUUUCAUUGUUACCAUUGUUGUUCUUAAAAAUGUUUUAUCUUUCACAAGAGCUUUUGGGAGAAGAAUGUAUAUUCUGCUGCUGUUACAUGCAAUGUUCUAUAUAUGUUUGUUAAAUCUAUUUUUCUAAGAUGGUUCAUUUCCAACAUUUCCUUGUUGAUUUUCUGUUUGUACAAUUUAUCAUUGCUGAGAGUGGCAUACUGAAGUCCC